CUGGAACUCAACUUCAACCUCCAAUAUCACAUCACGCCCUUCCCCGCCGUCUCGUUGCACGACGUCUCACCAAACAACUCCCACACACCGCCCCCGCUCAGAAUGGCGCAGGCUGGACUCACGCGCUCGCUCCUGAGCUGGCUCACCCGCCUCGUCGCGGUUCUCUUCGUAAUCUGGGUGUCUCCCACCGUGCUAGGCUCGUUCGGGCUCUCCAGAGACACCCCGGGAGACUUCUCUGCCACCAAUCCCUGGCGAGACCUGCCGUCAGAUCCCGCGGUUCACGACACCCUCAAGGAAGUCCUUCUCAUCGGAGAUACGCUCAGAGACGGCCUGCUGCCGACGUCAUUGCCGGAUGAUGACUACGACACCUACUCGACCAUGCUGCUGAGUCUGGAAGGCCGGGAAGAUCUUACGUGGCUCAUCAUCCAAGAAACCGGCAUCGACAAGACGAUAAUGGCCAUCGCCAACCGCGGCGGGCACCACAGCCCCAUUCCAGAGGAGCCCCACGACUUGCAUGAGCGUGUGAAGAGACUACACGACCACUGGUGGGCGCUCACCUCGGCCAAGGACAAGCCAGAGCGUUGGGAGACCAGAUUCGAUACCACGUAUCUUCCGUCACUUCUUACCGGAAAGGCCCUGGAUUCAAGUGAGAAGCUGAAGGGAUUCAAGUUAGACUUGACUCCAGCCCAAAAGGCAGAGGCGGAGGCCAAGUACAAAGCGUAUCGGCAGAGAAGGGAUCGCGCUGUUGCGUACCUCAAGAAGAACCCACCCAAGCCUAUGGCCUGGGUGCCGAUAGACUCAGCCCCGGAGAAGGCUCAAGGAAUCUGGGGAACCAUAUUUCAUGAUGGUAUUAUACAGGCCGGGCGCAAGGUGUUGGGGAAACAGAUGGCGGCGAAUCCUAUGUUUAAGCCGAUCUACCGGGACCUCACCACGGAACGCAUCCCGUAUGGCUGGGUUGAUCCGAGCCAGCCUGUGGAAGAAUUCAGUGAGCAGGACCAUCUCCGGGAGAUGGAAGCGUUCAGAGAAGAGUCUCGGCUUCGGGAGGAAAGAACUGAUAGACAGGCAAAGUUUCAGGAGGAGCUGAGGGCUGAGGAGAGACGUCAACGUGGCGAUAAAGAGGAGCUUUAA